AUCUGGAAUAUUUGUGUAUUAUCCCACAAAGUAAAAUUGCAAAUGUAAUGAGAGUUAUCAAACAUAAAUUGCUUUGUGGUGAUUUUUUUUUAGUUUUGUAUUUUCUCUCAGUCAUUUUUCUAUAAGAUUUCAGCAGAGAUUAUUUUGAAGGCAGUUAUUGACAAUUUCAUUAAAUUUCAAAGAGCUGGUGUAUAUGAUUUAAAAGAAGAUCAUACAAUGGUUAUCAUGCCUUUAAAAAAAUCCUCUAACAGUGAGAAUUUGAUGAUUUAUAUGAUAGUGAGUAAGUUUAUAAUGUGUUUUGUAUGUUAUGGUUGGAGGUGGUAACAUUCAUGGUCUUUUAUAUCUUGGGUGGUAUUGAUAUUGUCUCAGCUUUGGGCAAAGGGUGAAAGUACAAUACUGUUUACUUCAGAGGGGGAUAUUAAAAUAUAGAUUUUUAGUUGUUUCUAAAGUUCAACUGGCCACUUUCCCCUGUGAUGCAGGUUCUUAUCGCUUUUUCCUUGUAGAACAUGGGCAGGGUCAUUUGGAGCAAGCUAAAACAGUUCCACAGAGCAAUCAAAAGGAUGUUCAUCUAGAGAAGGCUCUGGAAGUUACCCAUACCGAUCAACCCAUCACUAUCUGUGAAAGUGCCAAUUCCCAAGUGGAUAUGAAGAAAAAAACUCGACGGGGCAGGAAAGCCAAAGGAGCAAAAGUAGAAAUACCUCUUGUGAUUGUGGAUGAUAAAGAUUCUACUGCAGUGAACUCAGUGGACCAUGUGGCUGAAAUUAUCACUGAGGUCCCACCUGAUGACACAGCGAUUCCUUCAGCAGCAGAAGAUCAAAUUAUGGAGCUGAUGUUAACAAAGCUACCCAGUACUGCAAACAACAUGAGUUCAUUAACAAAGUUUCCUCACCAUCAGAGCUCUGUAUCCCUUAAGAGAAGUUUAAUCCUUUCCAGCCGACACGGGAUUCGACGCAAGCUGAUCAAGCAGCUUGGGGAACACAAAAGGGUCUAUCAGUGUAGUAUCUGCAGUAAAAUGUUCCAAAAUAGUAGCAAUCUUAGCCGACACAUCCGCUCUCACGGUGACAAACUAUUCAAAUGUGAGGAAUGUGGGAAGCUUUUUAGUCGAAAAGAGAGUUUGAAGCAACAUGUUUCAUACAAACACAGUAGGAAUGAGGUUAACAGUGAAUAUAGAUACAGAUGUGCUACGUGUGAGAAAGCUUUUCGGAUAGAAAGCGCAUUAGAAUUCCACAACUGCAGGACAGAUGAUAAGACAUUUCAGUGUGAGAUGUGUUUCAGAUUCUUUUCUACAAACAGUAAUCUUUCAAAACAUAAAAAGAAACAUGGGGACAAGAAAUUUGCCUGUGAGAUUUGCAAUAAGCUAUUCUACCGAAAGGAUGUGAUGUUGGAUCAUCAGAGGCGGCACCUGGAAGGAGUGAGACGUGUUAAAAGAGAAGAAUUCGAGCACAAUGCAGAAAAUAUGGUUCGCUACAAGAAAGAGCCUUCCAGAUGCCCAGUAUGUGGAAAGAUUUUUUCGUGCAGGAGUAAUAUGAAUAAGCAUCUUUUGACCCAUGGAGAUAAGAAAUAUACAUGUGAGAUUUGUGGCCGUAAAUUUUUCAGAGUUGAUGUUCUGAGAGAUCAUAUUCAUGUUCAUUUUAAGGACAUAGCAAUAAUGGAUGACCACCAGAGAGAAGAAUUUAUUGGCAAAAUUGGAAUCUCUUCAGAAGAAAAUGAUGACAACUCAGAUGGAAGUGUGGAUUCUGAGCCCCACAAGUAUAGCUGCAAAAGGUGCCAGUUAACGUUUGGCCGAGGUAAAGAGUACUUGAAACAUAUCAUGGAAGUUCACAAAGAGAAGGGUUAUGGUUGUAGCAUCUGCAACAGGCGUUUUGCUUUGAAGGCAACUUACCAUGCUCAUAUGGUUAUUCAUCGGGAGAACUUACCAGACCCCAAUGUGCAAAAAUAUAUUCAUCCAUGUGAAAUCUGUGGAAGAAUUUUUAACAGCAUAGGAAAUUUAGAACGACAUAAACUUAUUCAUACAGGGGUGAAAAGUCAUGCUUGUGAACAAUGUGGCAAGUCAUUUGCAAGGAAGGACAUGUUAAAAGAACACAUGAGAGUCCAUGAUAACAUCCGAGAAUAUCUAUGUGCAGAAUGUGGUAAAGGAAUGAAAACAAAGCAUGCUUUGCGACACCACAUGAAGCUGCAUAAAGGGAUAAAGGAGUACGAAUGUAUGGAAUGCCAUCGGAAAUUUGCACAGAAAGUCAACAUGCUUAAGCAUUAUAAAAGGCACACAGCAGGGAUCAAAGACUUCAUGUGUGAACUCUGCGGAAAGACCUUUAGUGAGAGGAACACAAUGGAAACCCAUAAACUAAUUCACACAGUGGGGAAGCAGUGGACAUGCUCAGUGUGUGAUAAAAAGUAUGUCACAGAUUACAUGCUUCAAAAGCAUAUCCAGCUGACUCAUGAUAAAGUAGAAGCUCAGAAUUGUCAACUCUGUGGGACAAAAGUGUCUACUAGAGCUUCAAUGAGUCGUCACAUGAGAAGAAAACACCCAGAGGUUCUUUCAGUUAGGAUUGAUGACUUGGAGCAGCUGUCAGAGACCACAACUGUUGAUGCUUCAUCUAUAGGAAUUGUGCAGCCAGAUCUAGCUCUGGAACAAAGUGAAUUACCAGAAGGGAAGCAUACAAAGGCUCAUAAACGAGGUCAUAAACAGAAGCACAAACCUGGCGAAGAAGAGGAAACACAACUUCCUGAGGAUUCUGCCUUCACUGAAUAUACAGAAAAAGAAGUGGAAUUUACAGGAAAUGUAGGAGAUGAAACUAAUUCAGCAGUGCAAAGUCUUCAACAGGUGGUGGUGGCCCUUGGAGAUCCAAAUGUGUCAGCUCCUUCUAGUUCUGUUGGUUUGACCAAUAUUAGUGUUACUCCGAUCACCACAGCUGCUGGAACCCAAUUUACAAAUCUACAACCUGUAGCUGUAGGUCACCUUGCCACGCCUGAACGCCAAUUGCAGCUAGACAAUUCUAUUCUCACAGUGACAUUCGAUACAGUUACUGGUUCUGCCAUGUUGCAUGGCAACCGCCAAAAUGAUAUCCAGAUACAGUCACAGCCUGAGGCAACCAACCCCCCAUCAGUAGCUCAUUUUAUAAACCUAACAACUCUGGUGAACUCCAUUGCUCCACUAGGGAGCCAAAUAUCAGAACAGCAUCCCUUAACAUGGAGGGCAGUACCUCAAACUGAUGUCUUGCAGACUCAGGCCCAGCCAUCCCAACAGACAGGGCAACAGCAGGUUCAACCUGAACAGCAGCAGCAAAUGUACAGCUACUAACUUUUACUUGAAAGAAGACAACCAACCUCUGAAUGGGUUUGCAGAAGCCUAUUGGACAUCAAACCUAAAUCAAUUGCUGGAAACCAAACACGGGGAAUAAAAGGCUUACACUAUGA